UCUUCCGGCGGGGCCGGGAGGAGGAGCCGAGCCGGGAAGGUCACCGGGAACGGCACCGGAGCACCGGGAAGGUCACCGGGAACAGCACCGGAGCACCGGGAACGGCACCGGGAACAGCACCGGGAACGGCACCGGGAACAGCACCGGAACACCGGGAACGACACCGGACCAUGCUGCGUGUUCCGGCGCUGGUGCGGCUCGGGGGCGGCCGCCGGUACCGGGACGCCUCGUGGGGAGCUCGGGUUCGGUGGCUCUGCUCCCCGCGCCCCCCGCAGCCGGUGAUCGCCGCCAAGGAGCCGUUCCCGGUGGAGCUGCAGGCGGGGAAGAACUACGCGUGGUGCUCGUGCGGGCACAGCAAGCGCCAGCCUUUCUGUGACGGUGCCCACAAGAGGGAAGCCCCGGGACUCGCCCCGCUGCGCUUCACCCCGGCCCGGGCCGGCCCCGCGCCGCUCUGCGGCUGCAAACGCACCCGGACCCCCCCGUACUGCGACGGGACCCACAAAGGGCCCGAGGUGCAGGGGGCGACACCGGCCCCCCGAGCCUGAGCCCGGCCCGGGAGCACCGGGAGCACCGGGAGCGGCACCGGGAGCGGCACCAGGAGCGGCACCGGGAGCACCGGGAGUGACACCAGGAUUGGCACCGGGAGUGGCUCCAGGAGUGACACCGGGAUCCCCAUCCCGACCUCGGGGUGGCCACGCUGGGGAGAGCAGAGACUCCAAGCCCCAAUGAAAUCCUAAUUCUGGAGUGCCAGGACUGGGGCUCCAAAUCAACCUCUGGACAAUGGGACUGGCCCAAGGGGUUUGGGAUUGGCCUGAGGGGUUUUGGAUUGGCCAGAGGGGUUUGGGAUUGGCCAGAGGGGUUUGGGAUUGGCCAGAGGGAUUUGGGACUGGCCAGAGGAGUUUGGGAUUGGCCAGAGGAGUUUGGGAUUGGCCAGAGGGGUUUGGGAUUGGCCGGAGGGGUCUGGGGUGGGGGAAUCUGUGGGGUUUGUGAUUGGGGCACAUGUGGGGUAUGGCAGGAGGAUCUGUGGGGUUUGGGCUCUGU